CUCUUUUACAAUAGAUGGUGUUGUUAAUGGAAAAUAAUCGACAAGUAAACGUAAAAUUUCUUCUGGAACAGAGGCAACACCGACAGUUUUUACGAUUUUUGGGAAUUUAAAAUAACUUAAAAAAUUAGGGAAAUGAGUAAUUUUCUGAGCAUUCACAAGACUUGUGCGAAAUUACUGACGAACAAUUCACUGAAGGUAAACAGCUUACUAAAACCGUUGGUAUGCAGAAACGUCCAUUUGCAAGUAGACCGCAAAAACGCCAAAGUCUCCGACUCCGUCUCGAAAGUCUACCCGAUCGUUGAUCACACCUACGAUGCUGUGGUCGUCGGAGCGGGAGGCGCGGGCCUCCGGGCGGCCUACGGCCUCGUCCAAGAGGGCUUCAAGACAGCCGUCAUCACCAAGCUCUUCCCCACCAGAUCUCACACGGUGGCCGCCCAAGGGGGCAUCAACGCAGCGCUCGGUAAGCCUCCAAACUCCCCAUUUCGACGCCCCCAUUCUAACCCUACCAUCUCUCCGAAAGGCAACAUGGAAGAGGACAACUGGCAGUGGCACAUGUACGACACGGUAAAAGGCUCCGACUGGCUGGGCGAUCAAGACGCCAUCCACUACAUGACCCGAGAAGCUCCCAAAGCCGUCAUCGAACUCGAAAACGCCGGCAUGCCCUUCUCCCGUACGCAAGAAGGCAAAAUCUACCAAAGGGCCUUCGGCGGGCAAUCGUUGAAGUUCGGCAAAGGCGGACAGGCUCACAGAUGUUGCUGCGUAGCCGACAGGACCGGUCACAGUUUGCUGCACACGUUGUACGGGCAGAGUCUGCGCUUCGAUUGCAACUACUUCGUCGAAUACUUCGCUUUGGAUCUGCUGAUGGAGGGCGGAGAAUGCCGAGGGAUUUUAGCUACCGGUGGAUACGGUAGGGCCUACUUCUCUUGUACAUCGGCUCAUACUUGUACCGGAGACGGAACAGCUAUGGUGGCCAGGGCCGGAUUGCCUUCGCAGGAUCUCGAGUUCGUACAGUUUCACCCGACCGGCAUAUACGGCGCCGGUUGUCUGAUAACCGAAGGCUGUCGCGGCGAAGGCGGCUACCUGAUCAACGCGCAGGGCGAGCGCUUCAUGGAGCGCUACGCGCCCGUCGCCAAAGACCUGGCCUCCAGGGACGUGGUCUCCAGGAGCAUGACGAUCGAGAUCAACGAGGGCCGCGGCUGCGGCCCCGACAAGGACCACGUCUACCUGCAGCUGCACCAUCUGCCGGCCGAGCAGCUGGCCCAACGGCUGCCGGGCAUCUCCGAAACGGCCAUGAUCUUCGCCGGCGUCGACGUCACCAGGGAGCCCAUACCGGUGUUGCCGACGGUGCACUACAACAUGGGCGGCGUGCCGACGAACUACAAGGGACAGGUGUUGACUAACCUGAACGGAGAGGAUCGGAUCGUUCGGGGGUUGUACGCCUGCGGCGAGGCGGCCUCGUCGUCGGUGCACGGGGCCAACCGUUUGGGGGCGAAUUCGUUGUUGGAUUUGGUGGUGUUCGGCAGGGCGUGCGCUCUCACCAUUGCGCAGGAGAACAAGCCCGACGAGGCCAUCGGGAGUAUCAAGGAUAACGCCGGCGAGGAGUCGGUGGCUAAUUUGGAUUGGUGCAGGUACGCCAAGGGGGCCAUCAGCACGGCGGCGUUGCGUUUGCAAAUGCAGAGGACCAUGCAGACGCACGCUGCGGUUUUUCGAACGGAGGAAACGCUCAAGGAGGGCGUCGUUAAGAUGCAAGGGCUCUACGGGAAAUUGGGCGAUCUCAAAGUCACCGAUAACAGUCUCAUUUGGAAUUCGGACUUGGUGGAAACUUUGGAAUUGCAAAAUCUUAUGAUAAAUGCCAUGCAAACUAUCGUAGCGGCGGAGAAUCGUAAGGAAUCGAGAGGUGCUCACGCUAGGGAGGAUUAUAAGGUGCGAGUGGACGAGUACGAUUACAGUAAGCCGGUAGAAGGUCAACAAAAGAAACCGAUGGAAGAGCAUUGGAGAAAACACACUUUAACGCACGUCGACGAGAAAACGGGGAAAGUUACCAUCACCUAUAGACCAGUAAUAGACGAUACUUUAGACAAAACCGAAUGUGCUACCGUACCUCCGGCUAUUAGAUCUUAUUAAUUUACCUCUCUAUUCAAUGCAGAUACCUUAUAUUUGAAGCACACAUGCUAAACUGUUGCUGCAAUUCCGGAAUUGCCAAUCGUUCCGGAAUUGCACCGUGCAGGUUCACGUACUUAACAGAAAAACUUGGGUUGUAUGACCACCAUUUUGUGAUAUAUCCGCAGUAUCUGUUACGCUAAUGUGGUUUAGUGUAAUUUGUCACAAUAAGAAAGUCAUUAGAUUCGCUAAGCUUAAUUUAUUCGUAAUUAUCGAGUAUUAAUUUAUUUAUUGUUAAGUAUUAAACACACCCACAUUUUGUCAAAUUCAAAUUAACUUGAUUCUCUUUUUUUUUAAUAUUUAAUUAACGGUGUGUAAAAAAAAUGUAAUUUUUGAAUUCAUACGGAAUUGAAGGUAGUUUUUCUGAUUGGAACGCAUUAAAUUUGUAUUAGAGGUAUGUACAUAUAUAUAUUGUUUUUAAAAAUUGUACAGUUUUUUCCUCAUAAUUCAACGUAAAAGACAUCCUGCUUUCUAAACUAAAACUUAACAAAUCCGACAAACAAAAAUCAAAUACAUUUUCUAUUUAUAAAACACGAAUCGGCGAUAAAUAAAAACGUUUUAUUACUUUCUUCUAAUCUUCGUUUUAUUAAGACUAUUGGCUCCGCGUUUUAUAUUUUCCACGAGCUUUCGAAGCUGCGCCACUUGGACAGCGCUAAACGAAGGAUUAUUACCCUGAGCGUCCAGCCAUUUCAACAACUGUUCGCCAUGUUCGAUGGCUUCUCGACGACUCGCAGAACUAUCCGCGAAUUCGAAUUUAUUCAACAGCGCGUCGUCCAGAAUUACUUUGACAUUAUUGCGACUCGUUCGUUGCCUGUCUUCGUUGGAAUUGACCGAUUUGUACCACCUCCAAAACCAGCACUGUUGACGCGGAUUUAUCUCCGCUAAAUUCACGUACUUCCUCGCAGGGUACUCGUUAGUACAUUCCUGCUUGAUCGGAGUAUACACGAGCAUAUCCGGCGAUAUGAUGGCACAGCCAUCUUUGGUCAGGUCGAUGGGUUCCUCGUGUUUGGCUGCAUUACACUCGGCUCGCGGGCGAUUGUCGGGUUUCCUCGGCAACCGCCUGACCAGUACGUGGUUUUUACACCAGCCCCUCAACGUGGAUUCCGGCACGCCGAGGGCGCGCGCCACCGAAGCCUUCGUUUCUCCGUUGUGAACUCGAAACAUCGCGUCUAAUUUCAACUCGUGCGGAACGAAGCGUUUGUUGCCGCUAUUCGAGGACAUUUUUUUCAACUAGCACGGCCCGGCUCUACAAGAAAAAUAACCACGUGCGCUUUCGACCAAUGGCUGCGCACCCGUUGAUAAGAGGCCAUUUUUUUUUUCACGAAAAAACGAUAUAAACAAGUUGGCUCGUUUUAUUUCCGUUUGUGAACAAUUACACAUUUCUUCUUACAGUCUUUUAUCUUAAAAGAUUAAUUAAUUAAUUAAUAUCACAUCAGUUUAUUCGCAUUUCUCACCUCCUAAUUAUAUGUUAUUUAAACUGUUCAAUAAAUCAUCGUAAUCGAUUUCAUUAACAUUAUCGAAUCCACUUUCAAUUAAACCGUCCAAAGUGGGAAUAUCCAAAUCUGUGGGGGUAGAUUCGCCUGUGUUCGAACACUCGCUCGAAGCGAUUUUGGGCGAGAAAUUAUCAGCACCGGCGAGGCUCUGGGCUAGCAGAGACGGGUAAUCCGCCAAGAGGUCCGAAGGAAACGGGGAAUUUUCGCAUUUGCGCCUAUUCGCCUCGCGUUUUUGCAUCCCUUUGAGCGUCCUCCGCACGACGAUGCACUUGUGCUUGGCCGGAUAACUGCACGAUAGAUUCUCGCACAGAUAAAUGGCCUCGUUGAAAUUGAUUUGUUUCAACGAUAGCGCUGAAUUGCAAAGCGGACAGUAUUUCACGAAAUCGGAAUUCAUGUUAGAAAAAAAAAACAAUAUAUAACAUAACCUAAAUAACCUAACU